CUCCUUCCUUCGGCGUGUUGGAGCCUCAGCCUCAGUGUGUGUCUCCCUCCAUCUGCAGCAUGGCGUCUCUCAGCCUCCUGCUGCUCGCUGCCUCUCUGAUUCACACCACUCAGACUCUACCUGCAAACCGCGGUGGUGGGCGUGGCCUGGAUGUUUCGGUGAGUGCCAUCAGACGGCAGCGCAGAGACCUCCGCAACCGACUGCCAUAUGAGGACCAAAUGAUGGCAUAUCCUGCCUUGAAGGCCGGAGGCGGAGCCAAUGGCCUGUACUACCAAUCAGAAGACUGGAGAGGGCGGGGAAUCGACCAGGCUCUGCAGCAGUUGGUGGACAGAGACCAGAGGAGGGAGCAGGAAGAGGAGCAACGAGCAGCUUACCUGGCUGCUCUGCUCCGCCUCCUGAGCGAAGCAGAGAGCGCGGGAUUGGUCGGCCCAAGAGACGUGGAGGUGGUGGAGGAGGAGGAGGAGGAUGAAGACGAUGAUCAGGGACCACCGGGCGACUUUCAGAGCUUCAACGUUGAAGACUAUGAUGAGACAGGACGGGGUAUGAGCAUGGGGAGGCCUAGCGCCCCCUGGUGGGACCUGGUGGAACCACAACUGGCUCAGGCAGUGCUGGACAGGAUGGAUCCCCGGCUGGUCCAGAGUCUGCUGCAGAGAGCCGGAGAGUCUGGGAGAAGACAAGCAGUACCGAGCAGAGACCAGGACUCCCUCAGUCGGAUGGUUGCUAAGAUGCUAUCCAGCAUCAGCCCAAAUGAGGCCCAGGCGAUGAUGUCAUCAGGCCGCAGAGCAAAGAGAGACCUGACCCAAAAAGCAGAAGAACCCAUUGGCUCCGCCCACAGAAGAACCCGCCGCUCCUUGGACAGCAUGGCCCCUCAGUCGCCUAGCAACGAGCCACCGCUCCUCAGAGUAAAGAGGCUGGAGGAUGAAGAUGAAGAGGAAGAAAAGCUCCGCCUGCACGCAACCGGGCUGCAAAGAAUGAAACGCAUUGAUACCAUGGCGACCACCAACCCAGAAGAAGGGAGUCGUAGGCGCCGCAGAAGAGCUGUCCUGAAUUAUGAUCCCCAAAUGCUGAUGGAUCAGAUUCUGGAUUACCUGAGGGAGUAAGGGGAGGAGGAUGAGGAGGAGGAAGAUAACUGGAAUUGUGUCUCUCAUUUUUAUUGUUCAUAUUGUUUCUUUGGUUUUGCUGCUUGUGUAAAAUCUGACUGGAUGAAAUGUUUGUCCUGUAAAUCAGGAGGGACCAUGAAUAGGGUUGCCAACCGUCCCUUGAAAGACGGAAUCGUUCCUUAUUUAGAAAUAGAAGUACCUGUCCCAUAUUUAGUGGAAAAGGAACCAAAUUUGUCCCAUUUUACAGUGAGAGUAAAAAAAUAGUCAGUAAAAGCUAAUGGAAACAAAGAACAAGGGCACAUUAGAUACAAAACUUACGGUAAACUUGUUCCUAUCCCUGUCCUUCGCUGUGACCAAUGAGCUGACAGCAUAUGUAACGAUCCAGAAUCCCCUCAUCCCAUUGGUCCAGCCAAGUGUCACUCAUGGAGAAGAUAGCGGGAGACAUAAGAGCAAGAUGGGGGACGAACGGAGGAAUUUAAAUACUGACGCUGCUUUUUGGGGGCGGGGCACCUUCACAAAGCCAUGCUCCUCCCCCUCAAAAAAAAAGGGAUGCAGAAAUAUAUGUGAAUAAACAAUUACAAGGGUGGAAUAGGUCAGCGAUAAUGAAUAUAAAGCACAUUGCAGGGUGUCAUUUCACACACAAAGGAGGGCUAAAAAAAAAUCACCAUGCCAGGAGGGGCAAAGCUAAUCGGAUCAGCUGUCACGUACAUGACGUCCCUGUUUUUCUAUUUCAGGGAGUUGGCAACCCUAAUCAUGAAGGAUGUUUAAAUACUACAUUACCCAUGAGCCUCAGCUGGUGGUGGUGAUGCGUUCUAUUUGCCUUCAGAUGUUUGAAUCAACGAGUUUUAAUUUGGAAAAGCAAAUUAAGGUAAACAAGCAGGCUCAGGUCAGGAUCCAAAAUGGCCGCCCUGCAGAUAAAAGCAAGAUAGAUGAAUAAGCUACAGUUUGGUUUAAAGUUUUGAUAGACCGUCUCAUUGAAGCAGAUCCUCUUACAGAGCUGAUCUUCAUCGCUUCCUUUACUGUUUGAUCAAAACAAAACACAGAAUGCUAACGGUCGCUAGCAUCACAGACAUUAGCGGGACCACCUGGCUUUCCCAUUCGUAGCUGGACCGAAGUCUGUUUGGUUCUGGCUUUGCUCUGAGAUCCAAACUCUGAACGCAGCAUCAAAGCUAAUCUCUAAGCUGCUCUCACAUUGGCUGAUAUCUAGCAGCUGGGCUUGCUGGGAGUUGUAGUUGAUCAGCUGCAUCAUUACAGGUUGUGUCAUUAAAUGCAGUUUACGUCUGAUAGGACAAACGGACAUAUAGCGUUUGGAACCGUGGCGACAGCUUCUGAGCUCUGUGAUUGGCUGCUGGUUGUAGACGUUCCUGUGCCUCCAGUUUGUUGCUGUACUGACUCGUCUGUUUGUGGAAAAACUUAGAUUUUUGUGUCACAAUAAAAAAAUAAAGUCAUUAAACUCA